AACUGUGAAAGGACCUGUGCUCGUAUGCCAUUUAGUAAACUCCUGUUGCAAAAUACAUACUGUUUGAAAUAUGUAUUUAAUGUUGAUAUUUCUGCAUGAUAGAGCACAGACUAUUCCACUUAUGUAGCCAUCCUGCUUCCCAGAAACCACUGGCCUGUCCUCAGAGACACUACAGAGUGAGUGCCAUGGGCUGUCAUACACACACACACACACACACACACAAACACAAACACACACAAGCAAAAACACACCGCUUCUCUUCCAACAAAGUUUCCAGCUUGGCAGAGAGACUAAUCCCUUCCCUCAGACCAGGAGCCCAGACACAAAUAGAGACUCAGUCUGUAGUAUCUCAGUCAGUCAGUCAGGACUUUAAUCUGGAUAACUCAGAGGAGCUGCUCCAACUCUGAAGACUAUUGUUUUGGGACAUGUAAUGCAGAGAACAUUUCAUUGCAGUUCAACUACAGUAAGUUGUCCUAUCAUUGAUUGACAGUGCUCUGUCUGGACAGUACUGUAACUCCAUCUAGAGGAGGUGUCUGCUGAAGAACUUGGCGAAGUGAAAGGCAUGACGGGUCAGGAGAGGAGUGAGGAGAAGAGUGAGUGUGUGUCCCUGUCUCCGAUGAUGGAAACUGUCCCUGCCCUACCUGAGAGUGAGAGGGUGUGUGUGUUUGGGACGGGGGACCUGGGGCGCUCUCUGGGCCUGCGUCUGCUGCAGGCGGGGUACGGUGUGGUGUUCGGCAGCCGKCGGCCCCACAGCAGCAGCCGCCUACCCCACGGAGCACAGGUCCUGGGCCAUGCUGCAGCUGCCCAGUCAGCCCAUAUGAUCUUCAUCGCUGUCCAGAGAGAACACUACGACUUCCUGGUACCACUGGCCAAUCAGCUUAAGGGGAAGGUGUUGGUGGACCUCAGUAACAACCUGAGGAAGAAUCAGUACCCAGAGGCCAACGCAGAGUACCUGCAAAGUCUGGUCCCUGGAGCUGAGGUGGUUAAAGGCUUCAACACCCUGUCUGCCUGGAGUCUGCAGAAUGGACCUUCAGAUGCCAACAGACAGGUGUAUAUCUGCGGGGAAAGUGUGGAGGCCAAGCAGGUGGUGAUAGCGGUAGCAACCAAGCUGGGUCUCAGUGCCCUGGACCGGGGCUUUCUCUCAGUGGCCCGGGAGCUGGAGGACUUCCCCCUACAGCUGUUCCCCCAGUGGAGGCUCCCCCUGCGCAUCGCCAUUGGCCUCAGCGCUGCCUUCUUCUUCUACCUGCUGAUCAGAUAUGUCAUCUAUGCAUACGUCACCCAGGGCGACGACAUCUCCUUCAGAAUCAUGGUCUCACUGGCCAACCAGGUGUGUCCCAUCGUGUCUCUGAUCAUGCUGUCUCUCUGUUACCUGCCUGGUGUCCUGGCUUCCAUCCUGCAGCUCUACAGAGGCACCAAGUACAGGCGCUUCCCUGAUUGGCUGGAUCGCUGGAUGCUGUGCAGGAAACAGCUGGGUCUACUGUCGCUGGGGUUCGCCUUUCUGCACGUGCUCUAUACACUGAUCAUACCCAUACGGUACUCUGUGAUGUUCUGGGUCACUGAACACACUGUCUCUCUGAUCAGAGAGAACAGGACCACAAUGUUUGAUACCACAACGGCCUGGCGUGGUGACUCCUACUUGUCCCUGGGAAUUCUGGGAUUUGGCCUGUACGUCCUAUUGGGAAUCACAUCUCUUCCCUCCGUCAGUAACGUUCUCAGCUGGAGGGAGUUUAGCUUCAUACAGUCCAAGCUGGGUCACCUGACUCUGCUGUUGUGUACGGCGCACACCUACCUGUAUGGCUGGAACAGAUUCCUGAGUGCCUCCACCUACAAGUGGUACACCCCACCGGGCUACAUGCUGUGUCUGGUGCUUCCCUCUGUGGUGCUGCUGCUCAAGCUGCUGCUCAUCACCCCCUGUGUGGACCGAACCAUCACCCGCAUACGCCAGGGCUGGGAGAGGGGGGCAGAUCAGAGGAACCCUAAAGACAGCCAACCACUGAUACCUUAGAGGACACACACACACAGACACACACA